GCGGCGAAUCUUUGAUGCACCGCGUCCGCCGGCUCGUGGCAGCGCUGUGGCCCUGCGCCCUGUACCUCGUGUGCUCGAUGAGCAUGAACAUGCUCACCAAGACGAUACUGACCUCGUACGGCUGGCGCGCGGUCCUCUCGCUCGCUGCGCUGCAGCACGUCUUUACCGUCGUCGUGCUGCUCGUAUUGCACGCGGUCCGCGUCCUGCCACUGGACGUCGCCGCGCUCACGUGGCGUGUGUGGCUUUACGAGGUCGCACCGCUAGCGACGUUACAGUCCAUCAACACGACGACGGCGUUUGUGUGCAUGCGCCUCGUCAACAUGCCCAUGUACCUCGUGCUGCGCCGCCUCACGACGCUCAAGGUCCUCUUCAUGGAGAUUGUCGUGCUCAAAAAGGUGAUCCCGGAUGCGAUGAAGGCGGCGCUAUUUGUCACGGCCAUCGGCAGUCUUCUCGCAGGCUACCACGACGCGUCCUAUGAUCUGCUCGGCUAUAUCCUCGUGUUUGCCCAAAACUGCAUGACCGCCGGGUCGCUCGUGCUCUCCAAGCAGUCGACGCUGCCGCCAUUGCUCGUGGUCUUUACCAACAGCCUCGUCGGCGCCGUCCUCUUGACGCCGCCUGCCAUCUACUAUGAAUAUUCGACUGUCCACGCAUUCGCACUCGAGCUGGCACGUCCACUGACGUUUGCAGGUCUAUUUCUUGUCAUGAGCAGCGUCUGCCUCGUGUACCAAGUGGCCAUCCAGCUCUGCACGACCAAAACGUCGGCGCUCGCGACGUCCGUGACGGGCAACGUCAAGGACCUCGCGUCGACUGGCCUCGGCUUUCUCUUCUUCCCCGACGCUGUCACCGAUGCCUGGCACGUCCUCGGCGUCGGCGUCUCGUUCGUCGGCGCCUACGCCUUCUCGUACCUCAAGUACCAGCUUCUCUUUGACCCAAAGUCGCAGUGGGCGACCCCGUUCCAUGUGUGGUGGGAGCAGCGCCAGCAAGGCAAGGGACGCCACCCCAAGGCGUACUAGCGCAGGCCGUCGCCGCGCAACCAUGCCUAAGCGCCGGUUGAUACAUUGAUAAACCCCCACACACACAACAUGCAUGCGAGUGUAUUGGCCCUUGGGUCCUGA